AUGGUGGGAAAGCAUGCGCCUGUUAGUGCUGACUACCAGCCAGACAACUCAUUAAAUACCUUCCAACCAACUAGAUCAAAAUCCGUUCCCGAUAUACGAGAGAGUAAAACCGAAGUCAAAUUUCAAAGAUAUCGAAGUCGUGUCUACAACUCAACCCUUCAAUUUCCCUGUCCUAGUGCCUUUUGCGUCAAUCCUAUUGGUUCACACCCACAACUAUCCAGCCAGUCAUCGGGUUGCAUUUUUGGCGGUCAAGUAUUUACACCUGCCAGUUCUCAAGAAAAAUAUCGCACAACUCGCGUUAGUAUUAGUACACGUUUCUCAAGACCUCACGAAUUUGAAGACCUCCAGAAAUCACACCUGCGUCGUUCGACUGAGUUCUUUUACUCCCCUCAGCUGAAACUAACUCACAAACGAGUCGAAACGAAUAGAUCUCCACAGCACGAGUCAGAACUCUGCUCCACAUCAACUGGCUUAACAAAUAUUCUUGACGCACAACCCCAAGAUCUAUCCCCCUCUACUGUAGAUUUAACUUUAAUCAAGGAUCCUGAGGAAACCAGCAUGGCUGUGCCCACCCAAUACGAUAUAGAACAUCAGCUCAAUGGCCACGAUAAUCAUGCAGUUGUAAUAACAACGAGAGCCGCUUCUUUUAGCGAUUUAAAACGGAAGUUUGAAGAUGCUAAUACAAUGUACCUUCCGAAAGAUCUGUCUUUGUUAAAAGAACGUCCUGGACCUGUCCGAAGAGUUAGGAGAAGCCAGUCUAUCGGGACUCUAAAAAGUCGCCCAAGAAGUGCUGUUUAUGAACCACUCUCACCUAUUAAACGGCCGGAAUCCCUAAGAUCAUUAUCUCUUGAGGGAGAUUCCCCGACAAAGACGAGAAGUGGAUACUCAAGGAGUAUCGUCAGAGAGAGAACACGAAACCCUCGAGAAAAGGAAGAAAGAUGGUCUAUGCCUCAGGCAACCCGAUGUUCCAAUGGCUACUCCCCAACGAAACGAAAAUUAGUUGGAAUAAAUCGGAAUACUAGUCCAAGAAGCGUGAAUAGGGCUGCUGGGUGCAACGAUUGGCCAGAUGGAAUAUUUACAAAGUCUGGAGAUGUUUAUAAACGAAUAAACAAUAAUGGAAUUUCCUAUAUAAUUCCAACUUCACCUGAACCUAUGGGCUACCCAAGGAGUAUUGAUUAUCGAAAGGGUCAACUAACUGUGGAUUGUUCCGAUUACUAUACAUUGAGAUCUCCUAGUCCUCGAAUGAGAGAUCGACCCAGUCCGUGUUUGAAUUACUCCUAUCUAGAGCAUAUAGAUAGAUCCGGACAAAAGCCCUAUCGAUCUGUGAAUCUCUCCGAAUGGAAAGGUAUUCCUGUUGAGCGGAAAUACGCAUCCUGUUUAAAUUUGAGUCGACCAGAAUCUUAUCGAGUUAAACGAUACAGUGUUCCACGAGCAGGUCUGAGAGAAGAGGAUGCAUGGAAGGUUCGUGCACAAGAAAUUAGUGGAGGUAGAAAGAGAAUACAUACAGUAAGGGGAAGUUAUUCGCCAGUACGGACCCACUCACCUCCUCGACUAAUACCUGGCAACCUUGAAGAGACAACGGAAAGAGAGGUACGUGAACGUGUAGCUUUAACAGAUAGAAGGCGGCUAUCACCAAGACACACCAACUAUCUCGUACCAUCACCACCUCCGUUUCCAUGUUACUUGCCUCAAGAUGGGAUUGAUGAGACGUCAAUAUCACAGAAAUUUGAUUCCAAUAUUGCGCUGUUUGAGCAACUUGCUGUGGAGAGUAAGAGAGAAGCAUUGUGUAGUAAAUGCUCCGGAUGCUGUAUUCACUCGCCAGGUUCUAGGCAGCAGCAUCCACCUAGGCGUCUCUUUUCAACGAGAAGAACACAAACAGAUCCCACGUAUCCACCCAAUGGAGGAACCCAACCAAUGAAAUAUCGAGUCGAUCGGGGUGGGUUCGAUCGCUACUAUGGCAAUGGGACCGUAGAGGUUAUUCGUUCGCCAGGGGGAAAAAUGUUUUCUAGAGGCUUCGAUCCCUACCCUUCACCUUAG